AGCUUCCUUGCUACAACAAGUCGCCACCAGCAGUCCACAGUCCACGCGCGAGAGCGCACGGCACCACAACUGUUUACCUUCCUUUCCGCGGCAGUCGGCAGCUAAAGCUAGCCAGGAGGCAUGCAGGGCGGCGACGGAGGGAUGGAGGAGACACCGGCGGCGGCCAAGAACCGCGGCGGCGGUGUUGGUGAGGGCGCCGCCGUGGAGGUGCAGGAGGGGCCUCGGUUCCGGCGGGUGUGCGUGUUCUGCGGGAGCAGCUCCGGGAAGCGCAGCAGCUAUCGCGACGCCGCCGUCGAGCUCGGCAAGGAGCUGGUUGCUCGUGGGAUGGAUCUGGUGUACGGCGGGGGCAGCCUGGGGCUCAUGGGGGAGGUCUCAGAGGCCGUCCACAAGGGCGGCGGCCACGUCAUCGGCAUCAUACCUACCACUCUCAUGGGCAAGGAGAUCACCGGGGUGACGGUGGGGGAGGUGGUGGCGGUGUCGGGGAUGCACGAGCGGAAGGCGGCCAUGGCGCGCAACGCCGACGCCUUCAUCGCGCUGCCCGGCGGCUACGGCACCCUGGACGAGCUGCUCGAGGUCAUUGCCUGGGCGCAGCUCGGCAUCCACACCAAGCCAGUGGGGCUGCUGAACGUGGAUGGGUACUACGACUUCCUGCUGGCCUUCAUCGACAAGGCCGUGGACGACGGCUUCAUCAGGCCAUCCCAACGCCACAUCUUCGUCAGCGCGCCCGACGCCAGGGACCUCGUCCGCAAGCUCGAGGAGUACGUGGCGGUGGAGGAGGAGGACCCGGCGACGCCCAAGCUGCGGUGGGAGAUCGAGCAGGCCGGCUACAAGGCCACGCUCCAGGCAGGGAUCGCCCGCUGAUCCAUCGACGCUUGCUUAAUUUAUUAUUACACUAGUCACCUACUACUACUGUAUGGGACCAAUUGGUUACUGGCCCGCGCCGCUAGUUGUUAGUUAAUUAGUUUAUUAGUACCAUCACACGUACUACGCCAUGCAUUCAUGCAUGUAGUACGGACGGAGGAACGGGAUAUUCUAUUCCUCUUUGGUGCAUACAUGCAUGCAUUCCCGCGUGUUAAACUUCCAACACGUUCCAGUUUGUGCCUGCUGCUUACUUAGUCCUGUAGGCUGACGUACGGAAGUGUGUAACAGUGUUGCAUCUAUUUUGAUUAUGUGUAGGUGGCUGCAACAGUGGUGCGUAUGGUUCAUGGCAUGAUUAAUCAUACUUAAGUGUAUUUUGUCUA